AUGAUCAAAUCAGUUCUAGCGGCCAUUCCAAUAUACAACAUGUCAUGUUUCAAAAUGUCAUUCGCUGUUGGAAAAAGUCUGAAUAAUUUACUAAAGAAUUUUGUGUGGGAAGGAGCUAAAGACAACAAGAAAAUUCCGCUUAUCAAUUGGGACACUCUAUGCCUUAUGAAGGAAGAUGGGGGUGCUAGCCUUAGGAAAAUGGAAUUACAAAACUCUGCUCUUGAUGCUAAGUUGUCCUGGAAAAUGUGUAAGGAACCCCAAAAAAUAUGGUCCAGGUUGUUCCAAAAGAAGUAUCUAGAUUCAGAAGACACUAAUCGAAUUCUCACUGUGGCAAAUACUGAAAGAGGCUCAGCUAUGUGGAACUUCUUAUGGGAUUGCAAACACAUUAUCACAGACCAUAUCUUAUGGCAAAUUGGUAAUGGUAACACUGCUUUGUUUUGGAGAGACUCAUGGGACGGGUUUCCAGCUCUAUCGGAAUCCUUUGAAGAUAAGAGGUGGGUAGACAUGGUGGAAAAUUGCAUAGGGCAACAUGUGUGCAACUACAUGGAAAACCAAAGUGAUCAGAAUGGUCUGAGAAUAUGGAAGAAAAUCAAUGUUGGAAAUCCCUCCUUAUGUGAGAAGCUAUGGAAAGCAAUAAAAGAUAGGAAAAUACCGGAAUCCGUCGAAAAAGACAACAUAAUUUGGUGUGCAGCAAAAUCUGGGGUGUACAACUCCAAACUUGGGUAUGAAGUUCAAAGACAAAGAGGCUCCAACAAUACUUGGCAGCAUAAACUAUGUUGGAAUCACAAAAUACUUCCAAAAGUUGGGGCUUUUUUGUGGAUUGCUCUACAUACUAGAAAUCUAAUGGGUGAUAGACUCAAAACUAUUGGCAUCUUGGGUCCCAAUCGUUGUGUUAUGUGCCGUGUAGAUGAAGAAUCAGCAAAUCAUCUACUAUUCAGCUGUCCGGUGGUAGAAUAUUGUUGGAACUAG